GGAUCGUCGUACCAAUACCCUUCUCAUCAGAUCAAGAUAUGGACCGGUUGAAGACCCCGACGAACAAUAUAUGCUUGGAGGCACAUGGAUUAUCUGUCGCAUGGAGCAAGGAUGCAAAAAAUGUGCUGCAUGACUUAUCUUUUCGUGUGCCCGAGUCUACAUUAACUAUGAUCUUUGGACCAGUCGGAUGUGGCAAAACCACGCUUCUGUCUGCACUUUUAGGCGAAACAAAAAUAAUCGCGGGUACUCUGCGCGUCAACACAAAACGGAUCGCUUAUUGCGCGCAGACAGCGUGGUUGAUGAACGCGACCGUUCAGCAAAACAUCAUAGGGGAUGGGACUUUUGACCCCCAGUGGUAUCACACUGUUAUUGAGUCGUGCGAUCUGAGCAAGGAUAUAUCAACAAUGAGCAACGGUGAUCAAACCAGGGUAGGGAGCAAAGGAAUUUCACUAAGUGGAGGACAGAGGCACCGGCUAGCUCUUGCGCGCGCUGUGUACUCAAAGAUUCGAGUUGUCUUUCUGGAUGAUAUUUUCAGCUGCCUCGAUCCAACGACAGUGCAGAAUAUUUCAUCGCGCCUUCUUGGUCCCCAGGGACUUUUAAAACGUCAUGGAAUUUCGUUGAUUAUGGCUACCAGCUCCGACUCGAUGUUACCAGUCGCGGAACAUAUCAUUGCCUUAGACUCCUCAGGGACAAUAUUGGCGCAAGGAAAGCUCAGCCAGGUGCAGGCACAUAUUCCCAAGUUUGCUGCAGCAAACAGACCAAUCAACGAAGCUCCAAAGUUUCAAACUUAUGAGGCCUCGCCACCAACAUUUUCCGGUAACAGGGAUCAUGGUCAAAUAGGAAAUGAGUAUGUGGCGGCAACCACUGGAGGUACCAAAGCCCUCAAAUAUUAUUUUGAUCUGGCAUCCUGGCCAGCAUGGGCCGGAUUUUACGGCUCACUGGCAAUUGUCGUUUGCAUGAAUACGCUCAUGAAUAUAUGGGUCAAAUGGUGGGCAGAGGAUAACGACAAGGAGCCCUUUCGCAAUUUGCACAUGCGCGUGGGUAUCUAUUGGCUUUGGGGUAUUCUCGCAAUUGUAUUCUUUCUAGUUUGUCUUUGGUUUCUUUUGCACGGCAUCAUGCAGAAGGUCAUGGCCACGACACACUACAAGCUUUUGCGAACUGUUCUCGAUGCUCCAAUCUCUUUUUUCACAUCUACAGACUCGGGGAAAACAUACAAUUAUUUCAGUCAAGACCUCGAGUUGAUAGACUCAGAGCUCCCCAUUAUGCUACUUCUGGCUUGUUUCGCGCUUUUCAUGUGCUUGGCCCAAUUAGUUGUCGUAUGCGUCAAUGUCAAGUACAUGACCGCGGCGCUCCCCAUUUACAUCGGGGUAUUCUGGGCACUGAAAGCAUUUUGCACAAGAACUUCGCAACGGCUUCGGGUCAUGGAUAUCGAAUCAAGAGCUCCCCUCUUUUCCAAUCUCAUGGAAACAAUGACGGGCCUGGUGACGAUUCGCGCGUUUGGUUUCCAAAACAAACACCGCGAAAUUAAUCAUCACAAUCUAUGCGAGACACAAAAGCCUUUUUACCUGCUUCUCACUACUCAGAGGUGGUUAACAGUGACGUUGGAUCUGGUACUUGCCGGAUUCGCGGUUGUUCUCAUGGGCAUUGGGGUUGGCACAAUGGGUCAGAUCUCACCCAGUUCCAUGGGCCUGGCUUUGGUCAAUACUAUUUCGCUCGGGAGUUCGGUGAAAAUGCUCGUUACCUACUGGACAGGUCUUGAGGUGUCACUGGGCGCUAUCUCUCGUGUGAAGCACUUCAUCGAAGAAACCACGUCUGAACAUCUCCGAGACGAGACAAACUUGAUUGAACGAGACUGCAAGUUCCAAGGGCCGAUUCAGUUUAACGCUAUUUGGGCGUAUUACAUGAAUUCGCCUACACCUGCGAUCAAGGACUUUUCAUUUACUUUGGCAAGUGGGGAAAAGGUCGCCGUCUGCGGACGUACUGGAAGUGGAAAGAGUACCUUGGUAUCGACAAUUUUCCGCCUAAUAGAAUUAUCGCAGGGCUCAAUCCAAAUUGGUGGAAUUGAUAUCUCGACCAUCCCUCACGAACAGCUCCGGUUAUCCAUUAUUGCUCUGGCUCAGGACGCUUGUCUAAUGCAAAAUAGCAGUAUCCGAGAAAAUGUCGACCCCUUCCGGAAAGUCUCCGAUGGAAGUAUCAUAACCGUAUUGAAGCGGACAGGCCUGUGGGAGCUAAUUAAAGACCAAGGGGGAUUGGACAUGAUCUAUUCCGACGAAUUCUUUUCUCAUGGCCAGCGCCAACUGCUCUGCAUGGCCAGAGCAAUGCUGAGGGAUGGCCAUAUCAUAGUUUUGGAUGAAUGCACCAGCUCAGUUGAUUCGAAGACGGAUGAAUUGAUGCAGGACAUUAUUCGGAGUCACUUCAAAAGUCAUACUGUUCUGGCAAUAACUCAUCGACUAGAGACGGUUCUUGACUUUGACAGGGUGAUUGUGAUGGAAAAUGGCAGUGUGAUUGAAGCAGGCUCACCGCGUGACCUUCUCGCUCGACCUAGUGCAUUCCAGGAUCUCUUGAAUGGGAAUGGCUCGGACGCUGCUAUGGAAAAGGAAACCUGCGCGAAUCAUUGAGGAGAUUUUAUUUUCGACCAUCUCACUGCACUGUCCCCCUUCGGCUAAAUUUAUCCUUUCGCUAUAUCUUGCUUAAACCGUCCCCUUGUUUUAGCUAGGGCUGUGUUCACCCGACUAGUGUCACCUUGCUGGCGUAGGGCUUGAAGGGUUGUCAGGAUUGGUAAUCAGUGUGAUCUAUUGGUACAGUGACCCUCUAAGCGUUCAUCCACCUGAUGGGGAAACGCCCAGCGACCCGUGCUUCAUGCUAGCUCCUCAUGGAGCUACGAACGCUUAUUUGUUCCUAUUUGAUGCAUCGCACCCAAUUCCACGGCUGGUUGUCAAAUCGGACUUACUUGACAGGAUUGAGAAGCUUCGUUGUUGCC